UUGACUGUUUCUGAUCUUUCUGCUUUGUGUACAGAAGAAUUUGGUCUAUUAUACAGUUAAUGUAAACUUUAUACCUCUCGUCAUAUACUGUUAUUAUAAAAUAUUUCUGACCAAGCAUUUUGUUAGGAGGAUUUAAAAUGAGUUCUAACAAUGUCAUCAGUAUAUCACUCGUCCGACCGAAAACAAGUGUUUUAGACAGAUCGCUCAGUAAAGGUAGAGGAGAGGUUAACUUGAGUUGUUUCGCCCUAUUAUUCUCAGAAGUCGUCCAGUACUGCCAAAACAGAGUAUAUACAGUUCCAGAACUUCAAAACAAGUUGGCAAAAAUGGGACAAGAUGUUGGAGUAAAACUGAUCGACCUCUACUUUGUUAGGGAAAGAAAUUGCAAAAGGGAAACCAAAUUAUUGAACAUGUUACUAUUCAUCAAAACUACCUUGUGGAAAGGAUUGUUUGGAAGGGAAGCUGACAAACUAGAGCACGCCAAUGAUGAUGAACGGAUUUACUACAUCAUUGAAAAAGAACCUCUGGUCAACAAGUUUAUUUCCGUACCCAAAGACAAAGGCAGUCUCAACUGUGCAAUAUUCAUCGCAGGAAUCAUCGAAGCCGUGCUCAAUACUAGUGGAUUUACUGCGAAGGUUACUGCUCACUGGCACAAAGGCACAACGUACAUGGUCCAGUUUGAUGAAUCCGUCAUCGCAAGAGAUAAGCAAAUGGAGGAGCGGUAGUUAAAUAUAAGUAUUCUUUAAGUUUUGUAUCCAAUUUGAAUAUAUUUUAAGUGUAAUAUUUUUUGUUGAAUAAAUUAAGCCUAUUUACACGUA